ACCUGCUCAGAUCCAUGCAGCCUCAGUGUGAGAUAAAAAAAACACCACCCUGGUAGCAGAUGGAGCAUCCAGAGGUCUGAGCGGCUCCCAGCAGGAUGACGCGUCCUCUCGCUCUCCGCUGCAUCCUCCUCCUCUCACAAACUCUCAGUCUGACUGAAGGUUAUUUGAUUGUUUCCAUGGACCCUCUCCCCCCUGUGGUCAUCGGAGACACCAUCACCCUGAAGUGUAACUUCCAGACAGACGGUUCCCUGCGAGAAAUUGCGUGGUUUCAGGUAAUCGAAGGAGGCAACGCCAAACAAAAGAUCUUCACCUAUGACUCCGUGUACAACACGAGUUUCUCCAACUCUGAAGACACAAACAAACGCGAGGAGCUGGUUUACCACUCGACCGUUCGACUUGCUGAGGUGCAGCUGGAGGAUGACGGUCUGUAUGAAUGCCAUGUGGGCAUCUACAGCAAAGGUUCCAGAGACAAGCUGAUCGUGGCCUCUGGCAGCAUCACUCUCACUGUUAUCGUACCCCCCAAGUCUAUUUCUGUGGCAGCAGCCAACAGCCCCGCUCCAUUCAGCCGCUACGAGGCCAAGAACUUCACUCUGGUUUGCAUCGUUACCGGAGCAAAGCCGGCUCCCUUGGUUUACUUCAAACGGGACGGCGAGCUCAUUGACGUGUUUCCCACAGCUCGGUCUUCUUCAAUGGUGGGACACCACAGUAGGGGCUCCGGUCCCAACAAAAAGCGCGCUGGGAACCAGGUUCUCCCCAGGGGGGACGUCGAUGACACCAAAAUCCAGAAGUCCCUGUCCCUGCAGGACCAAGCGGGGAAGCUGACCCAGCUCGGAGAAAAUGAGACAGACAGCUCUGAAGAAGGCAAAGAGGAAGGAUCCAGGUUAAAGCUGGAAGCGACCACAGAGGCGAUCCCCGAGACGGUGGUGAGCCGGGAGUUUCCCCGCUGGGUCCAGAGCAGCGACCCGCUCUACUACUUCCAGCACUGGCAGCAGGUGGGGGGUGACGGCACCAUGGAGGUGAGAGCCAUGCUGACCUGGAGCCUCAACCCGCAGCUGGAUAAUGAAGCCCUGUUCAGCUGUGAGGUCAACCACCCAGCUCUGUCCAUGCCCAUGCAGGCCGAAGUGACACUCACCGCUCCCAGAGGACCCAAACUGGCCACCAGGCCCAGCAAGGCCAAAGUGGGAGACACGGUGUGGAUGUCCGUCCAGGGCUUCCAGCUGGGACCUUCUGCUACCAAGGUCUUCCCCGAGCCCCUGUUCACCUGGACCAGGGUCGGUGGGAAGCUGCUGGACGGCAGGGAGAAGCACGACGGGAGGGAGCUGGUUCUGGAGAGGGUCCCCGCCGAGCUGAACGGCUCCAUGUUCCGCUGCACGGCGCAGAACCCUCUGGGCUCCACCGACACGCACAUCCGCCUCAUCGUGUUUGAGAACCCGAGGCUGAAGAGAGGGAGGAAACAUUUCAUCGCCAUCAACGCAGCAGCCAUCCAGCACCGCCUCGCAUCAACCCUCCUGCUGCUGCUGCUGCUCAGAUUCACCUGUGAGCUGACAUGACCCGAGCUCCACGCCACCAGCGGGACACCAGCUGCGCUCCGAGGAUCUCCUGGUCGACGCUUCACCUCCACCGGAGAGACCAGACCUCAGAACUGGAGGCCCCCCCCUUCAGACAUCAGACGCUGCAGGAUCCUGCCUCUGUGGACACAGUCGACUAAUCGACCAAAAACAAAACGCGUUUCACGUCCUUAAAUGACACAAACUCACUGAAAUGUUUUAUUGCACAGGUAUUAAAGGGCGAGUUUAAAAUGG